AUUUUAUGUACAUAUAUACACUUUUAUUCAUAAUAAUUCUUUGUGUUGAUUCUGUUGAUGAUUUAGAUAAUAAUAGUGGAAAUAUACCCCAGGAGCAUAGUGUUCAAACUAAUGCUAAUCAAACUGAUGGAGAUUCAGUAGUCUCUAGAAAUAUUAUAGAACGUGGUCUAGGGCAUAUUGUAUAUGGAUCAUAUGGAUCAGAAUCAAUUAACACAACACAACAAAGUGACACUGAUGGAUCAGUAGAACAACCAAGUGGAUCUGAAGAAAAUACUAAACUUGUUGGUACAGGAGAUGAUGGUAGUAAAUCUGGAUCAGAACAUGAAGACGAUGAAGACGAGCAAGACAAGGAUGAUGAGGAAGAUGAGGAUGAUGAGGAUGAUGAGAAUUUCGAUGUAAGAGAGGUUAGUGGUGAUGCUGAUGUAGAAUCUGGAAAAGAUGAACCUAUAAAGGGAAUUCAAAGUGCCCUUGGAGAAAUAAAUCCAGAAUUAGCUUCUACUGAAUUUGUAGGAUUAGAUGAUAAAGGUAAUUCCUUUCCAAUGGAUAAUACACAUUAUUAUGUAACCAGCGAAAGUUUUUCCGAAAUUAAAUUUGAACUGGUUUCUAAAUUAAUACAAAUAAAACAUAAGAAAAAAACAGUGUGGGACCAUGAAAAAGGUGCAAAGCAUCCAGAAUCGAUAAUAUAUAAAAAAUUAUCAGAAAUUUUUAUUGUCAUCUUUGAAGAUAUUUUUAUUUCAUGCAAAUGUGUUAAUGGAAAUUGGAAGAUAAAAAAAAAUAGAGUACCACGAGUCAGGUUAUUCAACGUGAAUUAUACAAAUAAAUUGUGUCAAAUAGAAACGUCAAUAUAUAAAACCGAAUAUUCAGAAUAUAAUCAGGUUAAACUAUGUAUUGGAAAGAAUUUAAUGUGUACAAUGAUUAAAGUUGAAGAACAAGUACUUUGGGAAAAAAAAUAUAAUGAAAGAUAUCCAAUUUUUGUUAUUUGUCACGGUGAUAAAAAAAUAUCAGUAGCCUUUAAAAGAGUAACAUAUAUUUAUAUAUGUCAAAAUGGUAUCUGGAUUUUUGAAAAAAGUGUAAAGAUACGAAGGCGAUAGUCAUUUUAUAAUCUUAACUACUAUAACUGUAUUAUAAAUUACUUUAAAUUUUAAAAAUAAUAAUUCAACACAUACUAGUUUUAAACGAAAUUAAUAUGAAUCUCAUCAAUAUUUAUGAAAUGUUCA